AUGCUGUCGCUUUCCUCGUCCUGUCUGUAUUUCAUCUUCGCAUUUCUUCAAGCAACAGUAUGGGCAGCCGACUAUUCGAAUCCAUUGAAAGGCAGUGAUGCUGGCGAUCCGAAUAUUGUGUACGAAGAUGGAUGGUACUACCUCAUGGCAACUGGAAGUCCACCUCCAGUACUGCAGAUGACGCGGGCAAGGACAUUGGACGGCCUCAAGGCUGGCGAGGUGAGGGAUGUGUGGCGGGACUCGACUCCUUCGAGAUGCUGUAAUCUCUGGGCGCCUGAGAUGCAUCUUGUAGAUGGGCGGUGGCAUAUCUACUAUGCGGCAGGUCCUGAAAACGAUCCGGGUGUGCAGCGUUCGCAUGUGCUUCAAGGCGGCACAAACCUUUGGGAUGAGUUUCAAUACCUUGGCCAGAUCCGCGAGGACUAUUCCGUCGAUGGGACACUUCUCACAGUCAAUGAUCAAAACUACUAUGUGUACGCAUGCCGCCCAAACAACGUGCAGAGCCUUUGCAUCGCUCCACGGACCAGUCCAUCGACGACAGGCGAUUCCAAGGUGAUUUCCAGUCCGACCGAAGAAUGGGAGUCCCGCAACUCGCCACUCAACGAAGGCCCAUACGCUUUGUACCAUGAAGGCAACACGUGGCUUUCAUUCUCGGCAGGAACCUGUGACAGCCCAACCUACUCCCUUGGUCUUCUGAAGUACAACGGCGGCGAUCCGAUGGAGAUAGGGAGCUGGAGCAAGACUGGUCCCGUCUUCAGUUCUGCUAAUGGCAAUUAUGGCACAGGACACAACUCCUUUUUCACAAGUCCGGACGGCUCAGAGACGUGGAAUGUCUGGCACUCUGUGACGAACUCGAGCGGUGGAUGUGGUUCAAGUCGAAGUGCCAGCUCGCUGAUUGUGAAGUGGAAUGACGAUGGCUCGCCAAAUCUGGGCGAAGCUCCCGCCUUGGGUACGGUCCUACAAGGCCCAAGUGGUGAACCCGAGCAGUAG